AUGUCUGAAAUUGUGGACGAUAAAUCGCAGUACUGCAUCCCUUUUCUUCUCGAUCGUCUGCGCGUUCAUACCGAGCGGCACCGCGGCAAUCCUACCCCACCGUUUUUUAUUGGCCUCAAUGGCGUACAAGGUGCCGGCAAGACAGUUCUCGUGUCCGUUCUCAACCACACCCUCCGUUCAGAACCAUACUCGCUCUCUGUCGUGACAUUGUCGCUUGAUGAUAUCUACCUGACCCACAUCGAUCAAAUUGCUCUGGCCCAGGCGCAUCCUUCAAACCCACUUCUACAGCAUCGUGGACAACCCUCAACCCACGAUCUCGCAUUGGGUGAAGAAGUAUUUGCUUCACUUGCAGCCGAGCGCCCAACUGCCAUUCCACAGUACGAUAAGUCUGCAUUCGAGGGCCAAGGUGAUCGCGUUCCAACCACACAGUGGAAGGUCGUCAAUGCAGAGGGUCCGGAAAAGGUCAAAGUCGUGAUCUUCGAGGGAUGGUGUGUUGGAUUCCGUGCCUGGGAUGACAAAACCCUGCGCGCGAAAUGGGAAUCUGCUGUAAAUCAAAGGAAGAAUGGCGAGUAUAAUGGGCGGCUAGGCCACGUCAACUUCGAAGAUGUCAAGGCAGUAAAUGAUGCUUUGAAACGAUAUGAUGUCUUGACAGAAAAGCUCGAUGCUUUGAUUCAUAUCGACGCCGCAAACCCUCGUUUCGUCUACGAAUGGCGUCAGGAACAGGAGCGCACUCUUCGUGCGGCUAAAGGCACCGGAAUGACCGAAGAACAGGUCAAUCAGUUUGUGGAUGGCUAUUACCCGUCCUAUGAGCUUUUUACCGAAAGACUUCGCGAUGGCGCUUUCAGGCCGGCUACAUAUGACCCACCAGCACCAGACUCAAAUUGGGAAGGAAGACAACUUCGUCUUGUGGUUGAUUGUAAUAGAAAGGUUCAGGAAGUCAUCAAGAUUUGA